AUGAAAUAUGCAGAGGACUUAAGAAGGGGGAACCUCACCAUGGUGACUGAAUUCAUUCUACUAGGAUUGUACAACCACCGUGAGCUGGAGGUGCCUCUGUUUUCCAUCUAUCUGUUAAUUUAUACCAUUACCCUGACGGGGAAAAUCCUCACCAUCCUCAUUACCAUGGACACAGCUCUUCACACCCCCAUGUAUUUCUUUCUCCAGGUCUUAUCCUUCCUGGAGAUCUGCUACACCUCAGUCACUGUCCCCAAGAUGCUGGUGAACUUCCUCUCAGAGGACAGGAGCAUUUCCUACAUGGGCUGUGUUGCCCAAAUUUACUUCCUUGGAAUCUCUGAGUGCUUUCUUCUGGCCGACAUGGCAUAUGACCACUAUGUGGCCAUAUGCAACCCAUUGAGGUACAGGCUCAUCAUGAAGAGGGUCUGCCUUUCCUUGACAGUUCUCUCAUGGUUCAGUGGUAAUGUGGUAUCCCUAGUGCAGACAGCCUGGGUUUUCAACUUGCCAUUUUGUGGGUACAAUCAGAUUAACUAUUUCUUCUGUGACAUUCCCCCAUUGAUUAAGCUUUCUUGCACUGACACCUCUUCAUAUGAAAUGCAGUUGUUUACAGCUACUGUACUGGUCAACUUCACUCUAUUUUUUCUCAUCCUUGUGUCCUACACCUUUAUUAUCUCCACCAUCUUAAAGAUGGUUUUGACUGAUGGAAGACACAAAGCUUUCUCCACCUGCUCCUCACUCCUCAUUGUGGUGACAUUGUACUAUGGGAGCAGUGGCCUGAUUUAUUUAAGACCCAAGUCCAUUAAUUCACUGGACAGCAACAAAGUUCUGGCUCUGAUGUAUACAACCAUCACCCCCUACUUGAACCCUAUAGUCUUCAGCCUGAGUAACAAUGAGGUGAAAGGGGCUGUGCAGAGAUUGUUAUGGGAUGGGCUGAAAAGAAAAAUAUUUUCUCAAAGAAAAUAA